UACUUAUCUUGUUAUAUGUUAUCAGUACCUAUUCUGUUAAUCAUAAUAUGCUAUUAAUAUUAAAAAAAUAUUAAAUAAAACUUUAUGUAAAAAUCAAUAUGAGUGACGAGUGUAUUACAUCGGGUAAAAUACAUAUUAUAUUCUAUUUCAUAACAGAAAAUUCUCAAUUGUAAACCAGGUGUCAGCAGUUAUGGUGCCAACUAAGAAAACAGUUAAUAUUGUAAACAUUGGCCUUUUAUUGUUCACUAUUUUUGUUUGGUCGUAUGUUGUUGCUACUGCUCAGAUGAUCCAUGAACAAACGUCAUCUUGUAAUUAAUGAAUUAUUACAUCUAUAAUUGGCAUAUUUAUUUAACUUAAAGAGUCCUUUUACUAUUUGUCUUGGUUGUGUCGGCUAAACAUGGAAUCAACUACUGCAAAAGAACCAAUUAAUCAAAAGUCGUCAUUUGAUUUGUCUUUUAAAACAAAAUUAAAAGAAAUUAAUGAUAUGUUAAUUAGUAUUGAAAACAACUGUAUCGAAACCGAUAAUUUUCAUGAUAUUUUACAAAAAAUUAAUGAGCUUCAAGAAUUUUUAAAUGAUUCCAAAACAUUUUUACCUGCUUAUAAUAUGAAGAAGUGUUCUAAUGAAAUCAAAGACGUUACAAAGUGUUAUGAACAAUUGCAUGAAAAAUUACAGCCCAAGAAGAAAUUUACUUUUGGUAAACGACCACCUAAAUCAGUAGUUAAACCUAAAGUCGAAGACAGAUUUGAACCAAUAGAUGAAUCAAAAGUUUAUAAAGAAGAUUUAGGGUUUAAAAAUCGUUCUAAUGAAAAUCUAAUCCUCACAGAAGAUGAAACUUUUUCAAAAGAUAUAGCUUUAGAUGUAUUGACCAAUUGUAAUGUCAUUAUUUGUGGUACACCUAGUACCGUGCGUGUAACAUCAUUGUCAACGUGUAAAAUAUUUGCAUGUGCAAGCACAUCGAUUUUUGUUGAAAACUGUAAGGAUACAAUAUUUGUGUGUGCAUCUCAACAAUUGCGUAUUCAUGAUACUUUUGCAACUGAUUUUUAUAUUUACGUUACUAGUAGCGCUAUAAUCGAAAACUGUAAACAAUUAAGAUUUGCUCCUAUUACACUCAAUAGCUUGCUACUUAAGAAAUCAUUUGAAAUAGCUAAUUUUGAUGAAACUAAUAAUAAUUGGAAAAUUAUAAAUGAUUUUGAUUGGCUGUCAUCUUACGAGUCAUCACCAAAUUGGUGUGAAAUACCAGAAGAAGAGCGCGAUCAACCUUCAGCAAACAAUUAUGUUUAGUAUGUUAACAUUUUAUUAAUCACUGCAUAAAACAAAAUUUCAAUAAAAUAUAUUUUUCAUUUUGA